GAUAAAACAGUGUUCACAGGCAUGAUAUAAAUUUUGAGGAGACCACGGAUCUUUUAGUCUCCCUCAUUCAUUUAGUUGUCAUUUAGACAUUUGGGGUAUGCUCGAUGGAGAACAUGGUGUUAAACAUAUUUAUUUUGUUUCUUGCGAUCCAUGCCGUAACAGCUGCAGUGACAUUCGUAAGACAUCGGAGAGAAGCUUGUAAGUUUUAACUUAUUUAUUUAUAAACUAGGCGUUACAACCCUCACACCAACAGAACGCAAGCUAUACUCCCACGAGAACACUGAUUUAUUGAAAAUGUAGUCAACAGUAACAGACUUAAAGCUGAAAGCUGAUUUCAUUUUUUUUUCCACAAUACAUUUCAAAAACUACACUCGAAAAUGCAUAUAAGUUUAAGGUAUAUUUUCAAAACAAAGCUUACGUGUAGAUUACGUACGUAAAUCUCGAGGAAUUGCGUAAGACAAUGGAGUUAAUUCGUUUUAAAAUAGCUCAGAAUUCUUAGAACAACUAGACCAGCAAGAAUGCUUACUCCCACAAAGCAAUUAAGGAUAUUUCAGUUUAUGUAUUUAAGUUAAUUUAGGCGUGAUGUUUUCACUGGUGGACCAACCUUCCAACGUGUACGCAUGAAUUUUUAAUUAGUACAAAUUGAAAACUCGACUCGCAAAACAGAUUACUCUCACCAAAGAAAUUGCUGUAACUUGCAAUUUUUCUUUGUUUCAAAGAAUCAUGCUGGCAAUAAAAAGACCAUUUCAGAUUGAAUCUUUUAUAAUCACUAAAUCUUACCAUGAGAUUUAAAAAUUAAAAAGAAAAUCACAUCACUCAGAGGCAGGUACGAAUCAGAUCUUCUAGAGUUUAAGCAAUUUUUUUGCGUAAAAGUUCAUCUUUUCUUGAACAGAAUGAAAACCAAAACGAGUGGAGAAAUUGUCAUGGAAUCAAAUAUCUCUUGUUUUCAACCUGAGAUAAGUUAUAAACAUGAAUUCACCACUUCGUACCUCCGAUUCUUAAAUCCUCUCCUACGAAGAUGUUCUUACCAUUGACGUAAGCUGUUAUCUUAUUUGACAGAUAAAAAAUAGCGUAGUGAAACCUUUAAAAUCCUAAUGGUUAAUUUAUUCUCCAGUAAAUUUGACAACUGUGCACACCAGGCAUGACGACAUCGCCCACUUCACGUGCACAUCACGUGACCAGACAGCCAGCAUCACUUGGAAAAGGGAAAGAAAAGACUUAUCAAACAGCGAUCUUGGUGUAGCUGUGCUCGAAACGAAAAAUGGCGGGAAUAUGGAAAGCCAUCUAUUUGUCGCUGUGACUGAUGAUGACUUACGAGGAAAAUACGUUUGUAUAUCAAGCGAUAAACCUGAUGAGGUGCUACGUACAUUUGUUAUUGAAAGUAAGUAAGCACUCUGCUUAGUAUUUAGUUAUACAAACAUAGUAUUAAUGCGUCGAUCAAUUCGAGGCUUCAACAUCCCCCUAGGAAAUGAGUUUAAAUGCCCCCUCCCCAAAUUUUUCAGCAAAGGACAUAAUCAGCAACUGUGACUUUGUACACAUUGACCAAGCUUUAAAACCUAGACGUUAGAGCCCUUUUAUUCUGAGCCAUUCCCUCAUGAAAGUGAACUGUUUGCCUUUAAACACUUCCUUAUUUAAAGAUAUAACACUGUAACACUUGACUUUCGCUGGAAAGAUUAAGCACUUCCUAAUCUAUUGUUGGACUCUGGGAAAAACGUCGCUACAGUUAUUUGUGCAGGGCGUGUAACUCCCUACAGGUUGAGGGGUAUGAAUUCUAGCCUAUCAUCAACAUUAUAGAAGCUGGUUUCCAGUAGGGGCGUGAACUAAGUAUAAAAGUUUAAAACUACUUAAAAAAUCUUAAAAUAUACAUUAGAAAAAAAAACAAAAAUUAUAUGCAUACAUAUAUUUAUAUAUGUAUACACUAAUAUCCAUGACUUAAACUAUUAAUGCAAUAAAUAUAGCCCUAAGAAAUAAAUUAAUGUAUCACAUUUGGUUUAUAGGUUGCAAUGAGCACUUAUACUCUAAUUCUUCCCUUUCCAGACUCUUCAGAAAAAAAUAUGACUUGUUUUACCCUGCACCCUGCUCUCUCAAGUGGUUUAUUUACAGAGAACUAGACUUAAUAACAAAAACAGUGUGCGAAUCUAGCUUAUGCGAACGUAUGAACUGAAAUUUAUAGAUCUUAAAAUGUCAACUUCAACUUAAAAUAACCUGGAAAAGAUACUGUAAUAGCUUUCUGUCAAAGAAGAUGAAGAAAAAAAAUAUGUUUACGCGAAAAAUUAACGGAUCAAUGUCAGUAUCUCAGCAGUUGCGCACCUACCCCUCCCCUAACCCAAUAACAGUCAACUGAUAACAAGGUAGGAUUAAUGUUGAGUUUGCCCAGGAGGGAUAGGUGUGUAGUUUCUCAAAUACUGAGAAUAGUUCAACAUAUUAUGGCGAAAAUAAUUCAGUUCUCGCAGUUUGCUACUCACGCCAACUGUCUAUCACCUGUCAACUGUCUAUCACCUGCAGACUGUCUAUCCCUGCCAACUGUCUAUCACUUGCUAACUGUCUAUCAUCUGCCAACUGUCUAUCACAUGCCAACGUCUAUCACUUGCCAACUGUCUAUCAUCUGCCAACUGUCUAUCACCAGCCAAAAGAGUAGCUCAGUUGGUGUCGAAUGGUGUCGUUCCAGUAUCAAAUCUAAAAACACACUUCUAGUCACUACUUUUCCACAGCACCUUAAGUUCUUUUUACUUUACAGACGACCCUGCUCGCAAGGGAACACUUAGCCCUGAGCAAUUUUGGGCAAUCAUUUUGUCCGUUACAAUUGCUUUCCUUCUCCUGGUGUUCAUAGUAUUUUUCUUGUGGCGCGGAAACAGGAGAAUAAAGAGAGCUCAGAAAGAAGGCAAAGCACAGAGAUUCAGGAACAACCAUGGAGGUGCAGAGGUAUGAACAUCAUAUGAAAAAUUUGAAAUAUUUUUUUAGUUCCAGUCAAUAAAUGUAGAGGUGCACAUGUUCUGUAAAGACAGAUUUAUUGAUUCACCGUUCAGAGCAGUUUUUCCACUGAGAUUUAAACGACUCGAAUUAUUCCUGGAAAAUGAAUAAAGGGGGUAACUUUUAAAGAAACUAUGGUGCUGCGUCGGUGAGACAGUAUGGUUUGGAUGCGUACUUGUCAUUUCUUCAACGUCGCGAAGGUGUUCUCGGAAUGGAUCACCUAGUCGUCCUCCUGUUUCACCAAUGUAUAACUUUUUGUAUACUUCGACUACGGAAGUAUACAAAAAGUUACAAACUUUAUAAACGACUACGAACAUCACUAGUAACGCCCCACACCCCCUCCCUGAGUGGGAUGACAGUUGAUAGUCAAUUAGGUAUCACACUACCACACUCUAAUUCUGGCUGCAAACUUAACUUUCUUCAGACUUUCCUUUCUCGUCAAAUUUUGGCUUGUUUUUUGUUACAUGUUACAUGAUAACGGGAGCCAAUAGCGAAGGAAAAAUUGCUUACACAAUUAUGAGAAAACACUCGUGAAAAAUAAAUUGCGAGAAAGAUGAGCCUCUUGUUGAUUUGGUUUUCAGAACUUUAGAUAAUACUACCAAAGUAGCAAAAAAUUCUGCAAUACUAUAGGUUUGUGUUUUCAUUGCUCACAGUUUAUUCUCUGUCUUUGUCUGUUAUAGGAAAACCUGGCCGUAGAAGGGGAGCUUGUCGAGUUUAGAGGAUACAGAGUCGAGGCUGAAGCCGAGAGAAAUGAGCAAAUGACACCUGACACUGGAAAUGGAAAUGCCAGAAAUAACUGUGAAGAAGACAAACACGAGGAAAACACGACUCAGGCUGUGAUUGAGUCUUCGGGGAGAAGCGGAAGAGAAGGCUGUACACAGUUCUGAAAGAGCAUCUGGUAAAAUUUCCGCGCAGCCCCAUACUACAUUAUGCAU